AGCUUGACGGAUGUAUUUCUGUAAAUUCACUAAAUAAUUGCCAUAAAAGCAGGAGGUGGUAAAAAGAUAAAAACAAAUUAACAAAAUUCAAUAAUACCUGAAAGAGACAGGAGAUUGAAUAAAGCGGCGUCUAGCUUUUAUCGAGGUUCAAACUGCCACUUUCGCAACUACUAACUGCCUAGCUACACGUGAAUAAAUAUAGCGGGAACGAAAUUGAAAGGCAUCACAUGGAUUGGAUAAUAAUUCACUGAAAGGGAAUAAAUUUUAGGGAGUUUUUAUUUUGCUGACACCCUCCAGCAGCUGUCGAAGUAUCAUCUAAGAAGUCAAGAUGAUCUCCAGGGGUUCCAUUAAGGCCGUCUUCCUGCUAUUAUGUACGACUUGUGUUAGUGCGGAGUUGAUGGGAUCUUCACGAGACAGUUCUUCACUGCAGGGGUCUUCACUCUCAAAUGAUUACACAACUGAUAACUUGGACACACCUCUCACUGAUAGCCAAGAAGAAUCCUCAGAGACUAAUGAUUAUGAAAAUGAGUUGGAAAUGCCUAAAAACGAAAUCAGUAAAAGGGAUCUUCUGCGGACUAAAGUGAUCGACCUUAUGAAGAGAAAAUUCUACGCGAUGCGUGGUAAAAAGAACACAAUUGACUAUGUAAAGAGAAAAUUCUACGCAACUCGUGGAAAAAAAGAUGACAGAUAUAGCAAGAGAAAGUUCUACGCUACACGUGGUAAAAAGGAUUUCGAGGAUUAUAUUGGAAAAAGCCCAUUUUAUGCAGCACGAGAUCAAAGUGAUUAUGAUGACAAUAUCAUAAAGAGAAAAUUUAACGCAAUGCGUGGUAAAAGGAGUUCAUAUUCUGUGGACUCGGAAUAUCCACCGUCAUGGAGAUGGAACCAAGUUCAACAACCAACAUACAAAAGAGAAUUUUAUCCCUUGAGUGUGGGCAAUGAAAUUAUUGAUAAACGUGGUGUACCGAGAGGUUACGUAGCGACUCAUGGGAGAUGAAAAAGGAGAAAACAUGGAAAAAUGUCAAAUGAUGUAAUUAAUUAUUCUAUUCCAAGAGCAAAUUUAUAUCUCACAGUCUAAUGGAUAAAAAAUUAAUGAAUCUAAAUACUGUGUAAUAUUGUCAAAUCUAUCGUUCAAUUACAUUCGGGUGGGUGCUAGAAAGAAAUUUGUCGACAGGCAAGAUAUUGACUAUGUCUUGAGUAUGGUUCAGUUGAGUCCCGAGGAGAUUGGGGCUGAUCAUACAAUGUACUCAUUAAAGGAGAUGAGCAGAUAUCCGAUUAAAGAAACGAUGCAAAUUCUAUCCAUUUGCAAAGAAGAACUGAGUGGACAUAGUAUAAGAAUGGUUUAUGACGAGACCUUCACGGCUAUGUAAUUACUGCGUACUUACUAAAUCACAAUUAAAUUAAUUGUGUAUAGUACUAUGUAGUUAUUUUCCCGUUUUCUGUCUAUGUAAUAUUAUUUAAUGAGGGAAGUCAGGUUCUCACUUUGAGCUCCAUAAAGAGAGCAAAAGGUCCAGCAAUUAUCACAUGUAAGGUAAUAACUAAUAACGUAAGCCAUGUCCCAUUUUAUUUUUCUUCCUUACAGAGGUAAAUCAGAUGGGGGAGUAAUAUUUGGAGAGUUGGAAUAUGUUAAAGAUGCAGUAUACCAUAGGUUUCUCGCCCAGACAAUCAAUGA